AAAGUGAAAUAAGAGUCAUUUUUCAUUGACGCGCCUACAGUAUAACGCUAACAUUUAGCGCGUCUUUACACUAUGUUUGUAUAACGCUAAUGACGUCACGUCAAAAUAUAUGCACGGCCGUGCAAUACCAUAUUUACGGAGUCGCAAAAUCGGCACGGCAAUGUCACAGCCUAUGAAUUACGGAGAACCCCCUCCCGCGUAUACACCUUAUGGGGGUGGAGGUGGGGCAUAUCCACCACCACAACAAGGUUAUCCACAUCCACAUGGGGGAUAUCCGCAGCCCGGGGGAUAUCCACAGCAAGGAUAUGGACAACAGCCCGGGGGAUAUCCUCAACAAAAUUACGGGGGUUACGCUCAACCAGGAUACGGUCAACAGCCUUACGGUCAAGGACAAACGAUUGUUGUCACUCAGCCUCAAACAGUUCAACAACCACAGAGUAGCCGGGACAAAGACCGUUCAACGGAAUGUUGUUUACUGGCGGCUUUAGCUUUAGUUUGCUGUUGCUGCCUCAUGGACUAGGAACCAGAGAACACCUUAAUUGUGAUAUUUUUAAUGUUUUAAAUAAUAUGUAAGAAUAUAUGUAUAAAACGAGAGAAAGGAUUGGAACUAUUGUGUCAAUUACAGAUAUAGAAAAAAAUGGCCAAUUAUAAUUUAAUGAUAAUUUAUGAUUCGACAAAUCCAAAAACAAUGCUUGUAGCGUGCUUCACAAUUGUUUGUUCUUUGUUGUUAGUGUUUUUUCUCUAGUUUAGAAAUGUAGACCACAGAAAAAGACUGUUACAAUAAAGAUGCUGAUUAU